UCUUUUUUUUUGUUUUUUGUUUGCUUCGGAUAUUAGUUUUGAAUAAUAAUUGUUGUGUGAACAUUUUCGAACUGGUAACUUUUAUUUGAUUUCAUUCAAAAAUAUCACGAAAUUCCGCACUGGUAGUAUCCAAAUAUGCAGCCGGAAAAUAUUGACGAUAUGGACAGCUCCAGCUCCAGCUCCAGCUCCAGCUCCAGCACUUCCGAAACCGAAAGCGAGCACGAGGAGCGCAAACGCCGCCUCAGCCCUCGAGUAGCCGAACGUGCCCGCUACGAGAGCGAGCUGGAGGUCUUGUCCUCGCAGCCCAUGGAUCAACCAUGCAGCCAAUCAACCAUGCUGCCGUCGCCGGCUCGUGCCUCGCCUGAGGAUGUGGAUGUGGAAAUCUCACAGCCUGAAAGCAAUAGUUCUGUUGGUGGGCCCAUUCGACUGACAGUCCGUGCAACCGUACAUCAUGCCCUCGACUGGAGUCCUACCGCCAAGCGUCGGUCUGCACAUAAGCGCAAAGCUGACAGCAACGGCGAUACAGUCGCGCAAUAGCAAGACCAGCAGCGAAAUCUUUUCAUAUGAGAGCCACGACAACAACAACAAAAGACACAUACAAAGAAACAUUCAAUGCUGAUAAUAAGCGGCUUUAGCCGUCAAAUAACUACAAACAACAGAUGAAUUUAAACAAGGAGACACUAUACCAGGCACCUGCUCCAAAAAAGAAAU